UGUUGUGAUUGGUUGCGUAGUACGAUGUGUCAAAAUAUGAUACUGAGAGGCGUGGUGUUGCAGUACAAGAAAUGAUAACAAUGUAAACUGUUGUUGAGCGUCAUGAAGUGUGGUUGACUGGCAGCUUCAAUUUUAAAAUGUAGGAGUUAGUCCGCAUCCCAAAUGGGAGCUGGAAAACUCAACCGUAUCUAACAGGACUUAAUCGUUAUGAUACGGGUGAACCUGAAACUUAUGCUGUUCCUCCUAUGUAUUAUUGUGAUAUGUAUGAUACUACCUUUGUGGAUGAAGUGUGGGGAAGCUGUAUAUGCCAGAAAAUCUCAUUCUGUUGAUUGGAACAACAAGAAACCUUCAAAUAGUGUUCCAGGUCUAGGUGCAGGUGAUUUGCUGGAUCAUGGUACCGACAUACAGGGCUUUGAAGAAAUUGACUGCAGUAUUAACGGUGAAUAUACAGUGAGCUGCAGGAAAGAAGGGGGAGAAGUAUAUGUACCAUUUUCAUUUCUCAAUAAAUAUUAUGAGGUUUUUGGGAAACUUGCUACCUAUGAUGGGUAUGAAAGAUUUGAAUGGUCUCAUAGUUAUUCCAAGAUUUACAAACCUAAAGGAAAAUAUGAUCCAAAAGGAGUGUUCAUGUAUUUUGAGAACUACAAUGUCGAAGUUCGGGAGAGGGUCAAAUGUGUCAGUGCUGUGGAAGGAGUACCAGUGUCAACUCAGUGGCAACCUCAGGGUUACUUCUAUCCCACACAGAUAGCACAGUUUGGCUUAGCACAUUAUAGUAAAAACAUGACCGAGCCAGAACCUCAUCAAGUGGUUGUGGAGGAUGGAGAUAAAGAGAGAGGAAGUUGGAGAGUUCCUAAAGACGCUGAGCUUAAUUAUAUAAAAAAUGGCACAGGGAACUAUAUUGUCUGUUUUAAGAGCCAAGAAAACAUUGUAGAUGGUGUCACAAUACAGCUUGAUCAUGUUAUGGAUUUGGUACUGAGCCUUAACUUCAAACUCGAGGGCAAUGGUAGUUUCACAGUGACACUGCAGAAUCGUGAGAAGCAUGAGUGGUUCUAUCUGCACUACAUCAGCUCUGACCUCCUCAUAUCUGCCCAGGAUCAGCACACGUACCAUGGUAUUGGUCAUCAAUCUGAAUGGCGCCUUCUGACACGUGAUCUCAUCAUUGACCUACAGAAAGGUCUGGCAUAUCAGAAGAAGCCCAAAAGAAAGCUGUUCAGAUCCAAAAUAAAGGUUGUAGCUUUGACAUUUCAUGGAACUGGGUGUGUGGAUAAUAUAACUCUCUCAUCCAGUCAACACAUUGCUCAGUUUUAUGAUGCUGCCCGGUGGCUUGUUAACCACCAAGACUCAAAUACGGGUGGUUGGCCUAAUGCUGUACGCAGGAGGCUGUCGUCUGGAAUGUUAGAUCUUGAACCAGGCUGGUACUCAGCAAUGGGCCAGGGCCACGCAAUUUCUGUCCUGGCACGUGCAUACCACCAUUCAGGAGGAGACCCACAGUAUCUCCAAGCUGCUGUCGCUGGACUCAAACCAUUUCGUGUGUCAAGUCAGAAUGGAGGUGUGCUAGCAAUGUUUCUUGACCAACUACCUUGGUAUGAAGAAUAUCCUACACAGCCCUCCUCUUUUGUGUUAAAUGGAUUCAUUUAUUCGUUACUAGGACUGUAUGAUUUGCAGACAAUUGCACCAUCUGACACAGCUGCUGAGGCAGCAGAUCUAUUCAAGCGUGGUAUGAGGUCACUCAAGACAUUGCUACCACUGUUCGACGCAGGUUUUGGGUCUGUUUAUGAUUUACGACAUUUUACAUUGGGAACAGCACCUAAUCUAGCACGGUGGGACUACCAUGCCACUCAUGUCAACCAACUGCUGUUGCUUGCUACCAUUGAUUCGGAUACCUUUCUGGCAGAAACAGCAGAUCGUUGGGCAGGCUACAUGAUGGGCAAGCAUGCAGCACACAACUGAAGCUGAACAAUUUCUUUACAGCAUGUGAAACAUGUUACUUGGUAAUCAGCUUUAUUUUGUUGUUUGUACUUAUGUUUGUCAUGCUAAACUUCUCUUCGAUGCUAUGCAUGACUGUAAGAGACAUAACACUGCAUUAUGGUAAGAAAGUUUACAGUAUGAUUUGUUCUUGGUAACAUUACAUGGUAAAUGACUUUAUUUUCUGUUAGUUUUAAUAGAUUUAUACAUUAGGAUGAUAAAUCGGAAGCUUCAUUAUCAUUUGGAAAAAAGAAAUCUUUUAUUGUG